GUCACGUGUCCCGCCGCGGGUCACGUGGUGCGCGGGGGCCCGUUGCCAUGGCGAGCGCGGCGCUGCGGCCGCUGUGCCUGUGCUGGGCCCUGGGACCCGCCGCCGCCGCCCCCAACAUCCUCCUGCUCCUCAUGGACGACAUGGGUUGGGGGGAUUUAGGGGCUUUUGGAGAGCCUUCUAAGGAAACUCCUAACCUGGACCAGAUGGCUGCAGAAGGGAUGCUGUUCCUGGAUUUUUAUACUGCCAACCCCUUGUGCUCUCCCUCAAGGGCAGCGCUGCUGACGGGCCGACUCCCAGUCAGGAAUGGCUUUUACACCACCAAUGCACAUGCCAGAAAUGCAUACACACCACAGGAUAUAGUAGGAGGAAUCCAAGAUUCUGAAUUACUGCUUCCAGAGCUCCUGAAGAAAGCUGGGUACAUCAAUAAGAUCAUUGGCAAAUGGCACUUGGGGCACCGGCCUCAGUUCCACCCCUUGAAACACGGGUUUGACGAAUGGUUUGGUUCCCCAAACUGCCAUUUUGGACCUUAUGAUAACAGAGAGCUCCCCAACAUCCCUGUGUAUAGGGACUGGGAAAUGAUUGGCAGAUACUACGACGAUUUCAAAAUUGAUCUGAAGACGGGCGAAGCCAACUUGACUCAGCUCUACCUGCAGGAAGCUCUCGAUUUUAUUAGCAAGCAGCAGGCCAACCAGCAGCCUUUCUUUUUAUACUGGGCAAUUGAUGCUACCCACGCUCCUGUUUAUGCCUCCAAACAGUUCCUGGGCACCAGUCAGAGAGGACUGUAUGGGGAUGCUGUGAGAGAAAUUGAUGAUAGCAUUGGAAAAAUCCUGAGACACCUCCAGCAGCUGGGGAUCAGUGAGAACACCUUCGUGUUUUUCACCUCGGAUAACGGGGCCGCUCUCAUUUCAGCUCCCAAACAAGGAGGAAGCAAUGGGCCUUUUCUGUGUGGCAAACAAACCACCUUUGAGGGUGGCAUGAGAGAGCCGGCGAUUGCUUGGUGGCCUGGCCAUAUCCCUGCAGGAGGGGUCAGCCAUCAGCUGGGCAAUGUGAUGGAUCUGUUCACCACCAGCCUCUCCCUGGCGGGUCUCCAGCCUCCCAGUGACAGACAGAUUGAUGGCAUCGACCUUUUACCUGUCAUGUUACAGGGCAAACUAAUUGACAGGCCCAUAUUCUAUUAUCGUGGCAACGAGAUGAUGGCGGUGAGAGUUGGGCUUUACAAAGCUCACUACUGGACCUGGAGCAACUCCUGGGAGGAGUAUGGCAAGGGCACUGAUUUCUGUCCUGGGCAGAGUGUCUCUGGAGUGACAACACACACACAGGAGGAACACACUUACCUGCCACUGCUGUUCCACCUGGGAAGGGACCCUGGGGAGAAGUUCCCAUUAAGGGAAUGUAACAAACCCUGCCUUGCAGCCCAGUCCUGCAUAUGAAUUCAAGAAAGGAUGGGACUCCAGGUAGGAGAGGUUCCCAGCUCCCUUAACAACUCAGACUGAUUACCAUGAGGUAAUUAUCCCCAUUUUACAUGCAAAUUCUAGGCACUCUUGCAGAUUUUGUCUCAAAAUGCACUUGCUUAGGGCUGGAGGCAGUUUUAACCCCUGUGCAGUCAGCAAAUACUUCACAAAUCUGUGGAUAUGGGAUCUUGGGGCACACUCUGGAGCUAAACAGAAAUGUCUGAGAAAAAAACAGAGCUUAUCAGAGCCAGGAAUAGGGAUCUCCAUGGGGCCAAGGCAGGAAAACCAACCCCCAUGGAAUGAGGAUCUCCAUGGGAUCAGGACAGGAAAACCAACACCCACAGCUCAGCAUCUCAGUGGAUGACUCCAGCUUCAGGUGAAGUCCUGGUGCCAUCCUGCAGGCAUUGCACUCCCCAGCCUCACAGGGAGACUUCACAAACCUUUGGAAAAGGAAGACAAUCCAUGUGUUCAUCGAGGCACCUGAAGAUGAUCCAUGAUGAUGUCCCAGUGUUGACUGACUCGAGGUCAUCGCUGUUGUGUGUGGCACUACAAGGAAGACACCUGCAAUCAGAUCUGGUUUAAACUGGUGUCAACAGGUUGAGCCAUCUUAAGAGCACAUUAAGGCCUACUGAGGUUUAUAGGCUGGGGUAUGACUUGGAGCAUAAUUUAUCCAUGUUUUUUAGCUUGAGGCAGCUUUGUCCUCAUGUGAGAACUGUGGGUCCUUUAUAGGGGCCGAGGCGUUUCCCUUGUGCUUUGGGGAUUCAUUCAGCCUGUGCUAAACACUGAAAUAAUCUAAAAGCAUGGAAGCUACAGGGCAGAACAGUUCAAAACACUAGGAGCUGAGGUUAGGCCAAGAUUUCCUGUCACUGCUGAGCCAGCUGAAAAAAAGAGUGUCCUGAACAUGGGAAUUAAAGCAAGAAGGUGAGGUUGAGAGAGAUGAUUCUGCCCCUCUGCUCCACUCUGUUGAGACCUCACCUGGAAUGUUCUGGGAUCCCCAGCACAGGAAGGACAUGGAUCUGUUGAAGCAAGUCCAAAGGAGGCCACCAAGAUGUUCCAAGGGCUGGAGCUCCUUUGCUGUGAGAGGCUGAGAACUGAUGUUUAGCCUGGAGAAGAGAAGGCUCUGGGAAGACCUUAGAGCCCCUUCCAGUGCAUAAAGGUGCUCCAAGAGAGCUGGAGAGGGACUUUGGAAAAGGAUCUGGAGUGACAGGACAAGGGGAAACGGCUUCCUGCUGCCAGAGGGCAGGGAAAGAUGGGAUAUUGGGAAGGAAUUCUUGGCUGUGAGAGUGGUGAGGCCCUGGCACAGGAUGCCUAAAGAAGCUGUGGCUGCCUCAUCCCUGGAAGUGUCCACAGUCAGGUUAGAUGGGACUUUGAGCAACCUGAGAUAGUGGAAGGUGUCCCGUCCUAUGGCGGGGGGUGGAACUGGGUGAGCUUUAAGGAAUCUUUCAACCCAAACCAUUCUGGGAUUCUGUGAUUUAAAUGACUCAAGCUGACAUUAUUAUUCUGUGGCAUUCCCGUGUCUGAGGUUGCAGAUGAGCAUCAAUGCUGUGGAUAAAUAUAGGAGUUAAAGAUUAUAGCAAAAAAGACUUUUUUCAUUGCAAUAAGACUGGCAUAUUUGGAGCAAAAAGCAGCAGUCGUGACAACACAUUGUUUCUCUUUCCUCCAGAGCACAGCUGUGUUUUCCACUGCUCUGUCCACAUUAUGGCUAAUUUGGAAUCCUUCAUCUGAAAAGCCAUUUCUAUGGAUGAAAUUGAGCACUUCAAUAUUUGCAAAGAUGCUGUGGAGCUUAAUUAGUUACCAGCAAUAUUUUAUCUUAUGGGUCCACUUUGAAAAGAAAAUCUUAAAUGCUGGAGAGAUGACACAAGGAUGUGACAGAAAUAAACACAAGUUACAGGAGCAGCAGGAGGAGGCAUUAAACGAUUCGCUAUCUAGAGUAUCAAAGUCUAACGAUUAAAAUAUGUACUAAUUCGUA